AUGAUGAACAACAAGCAGACAUGGAACGUAGCCAUGGCGGUCGUCGCGUUGUUCCUCACUGCAGUCGGCGACUGGAGCGGCCGUAGUAGUGGGGCCCAUGCAUCGUCCCUCAGCGACUGCCGCUACGUGCUGGACCAUUCAAAGGCAUGCAAGAACUACAUCACCGGCAAGGAAGACGGCGUCACCGACGUCUGCUGCCACGGGCUGCGCAAGCUGGUCCGCAAGACGGCCGGCAACGUCGAGCAGCAGAAGGAUGUGUGCAGCUGCUCCGCCAAAAUUUUCGAGCGGUUGAAGGGCGUGCAAGAAGACAGGCUGGCCCUGCUCUCCUCGAAUUGCAGAGCUAGGUUCCCUUUCACGCUCGCCAAGAGUCCCGACUGUGACAAGUAA